AUGCGCCAUCCCGACUAUCCCGUCUGGAACUUCCUGGCCCUUGUCUUAGUGUUGUUGCCAGCGCCUUGGCACUGGCGAGCUAAGAACAUUGCUACGAUGGCGCUGGUGCUGUGGUUAGCCAUCUGCAACUUGGUGGGGUUCGUCAACACCCUUGUCUGGGCCAAUGAUUACAUAGACCGAAGCCCAAUAUGGUGCGAUAUCAGUAGCCGGAUGUCGCUACUUGCCGCUCACGCUGUUCCCCUGUGUUCUCUGUCACAGAUGCGGAGGCUUGAGUCUGUGGCCUCCACUCGCCGCUCUGUCAUCACAGCUGGAUCCCGCACCAAACGAAUAUGGGAAGAGGUCAUACUGUGCAUCGUCUGCCCAGUCAUUCUUGUGGUCCUGCAGUAUGUUGUCCAAGGCCAUCGGUACGAUAUAAUCGAAAGCAUCGGGUGUAACAAUCCUACCUUCAUGUCUGCACCUGGACUUAUCAUACGCUACGUCAUCCCCAUCGUUCUGUCGGUGAGCUCUCUGGUCUUUGCCGCUUUGGCCGUCCGGUGGUUUUUGAUUCGCCGUCUACAAUUUCGCACGAUAUUGGCUGCUUCAGAUUCCAAUCUGUCCAUCAGUCGUUAUAUUCGACUCAUCGCUCUGGCCGUGACUGAUAGUACCGUGGUUCUUGUGGCUGUGGUCUACUCGUCUGUCAGUGCCUUGACUGAUGACUCAUCCCCAAUGAAGCCUUAUACCAGCUGGUCUUCUGUCCAUUCGGAUUUUGGACAAGUGUCACAGUUUCCCGAAGAAUUGUUCGCCUCAUCAUGGGUGACAGUGGUUCUCAUUAUUUACGCCCCUAUUUUGUACUCGAUCCUUUUCUUCACGUUCUUUGGGUUCGGUGAAGAGGCCAUCGUAGAAUAUCUGGCUUUUGGUGAGCGGGUGGUGCUGUGGAUGGAGAAGAUUGGAUUGAAGCAAAAAAGUUUCGAGCCGGCUUUCGGCACUCGACCCCUGAAUCUUGGCUCCAAGGUUGUACCCGCAGUGACUGCUAGUCAUGCUGAAGGGGUAGUGAGGGAUGAUGUCAGCGAGAAAUGUUUUCAGGGUUUAGAAUCCAGGUCAGAGUUUCCACCGCUUUCGCAUGGCAGCGUUGGCGUUGGUGGCAUCGCCGUGAAAGUCGAGCGAUCGGUUGUAUAA